GGCCUGGGUCUGCUCAUGAUGCUACUAUAUUUAACAACUCUACGCUAAACAUGCAAUGUGAAGAGGGAUUGUUUGGCAAUAGAUGGCUUAUUGGAGACAGUGCAUAUCCCUGUACUUCAUAUCUUUUGACACCACUGCUCAACCCCACAUCUGUUGCAGAGAAUCGUUACAAUGAAGCACAUAUAAAGACUAGAAAUACUAUUGAAAGAUGUUUUGGUAUGUGGAAAAGGCGCUUUCCAAUAAUCUCUCUAAAAAUCCGUGUAGCUAUGCAGACAACACAGGCCAUUAUUAUUGCCACUUCUGUAUUACACAACAUCUGCAGAUUAAAUAAUAUUAGGGAUGUAGAUCCAGAAGUUGCAAUGCCGCAAGAAUCAGGUGCUACCUAUGCUGAAGGGAUAGGUCAACAAAAUCACAGUGUCAGACAACUAAUUAAUAAUUAUUUUAGUGUUUAAGUUAUGUUUAAUUAUAUAAGAAUUUUAAUGUGUAAAUAAUGUUAAAUUAUACUAGAAUAAAUGUGCUUUAUUUCAAAAAUGUCAAAUAAAAAUCAAUGUAUAAAAUAGAUUUUAUUUUAGAAUCAACUUAACAAAAACAUUACAUAACUUAUAAAAAAUACACCUUAUUAUCACUAUUUACAAAAUCUUAACAUUAGUACUAUAAUAAUCACAAGUCACUUAUUUAAUCUUUCUAUUUCUAGCUGCAGUUUAACUUUUUCAAGUUUAACCACUUCAGUUUUGGCUUCAAAAUAAGCAGCCAUGGCUAAUUCCUUGCUUAUCUGAGCCCGUAGUAGUUCUUCAGAGGAUUUUUGGCGUUUCUUUACUGUGAAAAUAAAAAAACAUAGUUAAAUUGUCAUAUUUUAUUUAUUUCACAAUUUAUCUUGUUUGACAGACAAUUGAGUGGUCAGCCUUUAGAUUUUCCUCAUGAACCAGAAAAAAAUACACAAAGUUGUAACAAAACCUGCAACAAGCAAUCACACUACUAGACCAUAGAGAGGCGGUCUGUUUUGUCUACUGACUUCAAAUAGGAGCCAGUACUCAAUUCGACUGUAUGUUUUUUUUUAUGUGUGUUACUUCAUAACUUUUUACUGGGUGAACCGAUUUCUAUGAUUCUUUUUUUAUUUGAAAGCUGGUGCUUCACAUGUGGUCUUAUAUAAAUUUGAUCAAGGUCUGACCAAUAGUUUUUGAUUUAUUCUUAAUAAUUUAUAUUGAAGUCGGUUGUACAAAAUUUUAAAUUAUCUAGUAACAGCUGAGGUAAAAUAUAACUUACAGGGUUUGUAAGGAUUAUUAACCCUUUGAAUGACAAUGACAAUAUAUAUGCCAUCAUGUUCUCAUUUUCACAUUUUCGACAGUACAGACGAACCGAUUAUGGUUGUUUGAUUUUUGCAACAGAGAAUGAAGCAGUAAAUAAAUAAAACAAAUGACAUGCGACCUCAUUGACAUCUGUCACUUGUCAGAGAGACUUUCGUGACGAAGUACGUAUUUUGUGGUUUUCAGUUACAUCUCGAUUUAUCUCGAAAUCUGGACUACCUUUUUAUAAGUACUUACAUUUAUUUUAUGAGUUGUUUAUUAUUCUUGACGAAUCAUUGAAUAUUUUUGGAAAACAUUAAAUAUUGUUUACGUAAUUUUCGAAAAUCAUGUCGGCAAUAUAUAUAUGCCACUGUCUGUAUGCCGCAAGGGUACGACGGCAACAUGUUGGCCAAUACCAGUUUAGUAUUGUACUAGGUACCUACAUAUUUAUAUUUUCUGUUGUGUAUUUUAUAGGAAUAUGGAUCGUCGUGAGGUGAAUCUGAAACCUGAUGAAGUAGAAAGAGCGUUAGAAGAAUUAUUUGGUUUCAGUGAUGGAGCAAGAUUUGAAGAUGAAGCGGAGGAUUCCGAUGUAGAAGAUUUUUCUGGUAUUUUGUCGUCAAAUAACUAUGACCCAAUCAACACUAGGAUCUUUCCAGAACUAAGCCCUCGACCAACAUCAUCACCUCAACCAAGGCCUUUAAAUGAAAAUGUUAUGCAGCCAUCCCCGCCAAGAAGUUCGCGACACAGUCCUUCACUUAUACAUGAACUUCAAGAAGAUUUUGAUCCAUCAGAAAUUGAGGACUCAGACGGAUCCGAUGCAGAUGAAGACGAAUGGAAAAAAGUAGCCUGGUCACAGAAUCCCGUAGUUUAUCUUUUUGAAUCUAUACAAUUACAACCAGUUCGGAACAUAGCCAAUAGGACAAGGCCACUCGUAUUUUUUGAAAUGUUUUUUGACUCUGAAGCUAUCGAUAUGAUUGUAACCCAAACAAACCUCUACGCAUCACAAUGCAAUGACCAAAAUUGUGAACAGGUGUCAGCAACAGAGAUCAAAGCUUUACUGGGCAUGAUAAUUCAAAUGGGCAUUCACAAAUUACCCUGUAUAGAAGAUUAUUGGUCCAGUGACCCAUUACUGCAUGUUGUUGAAAUUGCUGAGACAAUGACAUUGAAGCGAUUUCAAAAACUUAUGAAAUAUUUACAUCUCAAUGACAAUGCCAAUAUGCCUAACAGGAACGAUGAUAACUACGACAAACUGUAUAAAAUAAGGCCGCUUCUAGAUUACAUCAACAUAAAAUGUCAGACAAAUGCCAAAACACACAUUCUCAAUCAAUCUACGAGUGUAUGAUUAAGAUCAAGGGGCGAUCUACUCUAAAGCAAUACAUGCCCAUGAAGCCCAUAAAACGGGGCUUCAAGGUUUGGGCUAGAGCUGACAGCCACUCAGGAUACUUGUAUCAGUUUCAAGUGUAUGCUGGAAAGACCGAAAACGUCGAAACAGGAUUAGGCAGUAAUGUUGUCAUGACAUUAUGCCAGUCACUCAUAAAUGAAACCUAAAUGGGUCAUAUAGCAUUUGAUAACUUUUUUUCUAGUCAAGCUUUACUACAAACGUUAUACAAUAAUGGUAUAUAUGCAUGUGCUACAGUCAGAAAUGACCGCCAAGAUAUGCCACUAAUUGUAAAAAAGCCUAAAGCAACUGGUAAUAAAGAAAUUGAUGAAAAGAUAGCAAAGGCUGUAAAAAAUGCAAACCAAAAUACAAAAAAGCUGAAAAGAGGAGAAUGGAAAUGGAGGUUAAAAAAUAAUGUUGGGUUUAUUAUCUGGAAAGAUAACAAAUUAGUAAGCGUUUUGAGCACUGCAUUUCAUCCAAAGCAGAAAACAUCUUGUGAAAGAAUUCAAAAUGAUGGAUCUAAAAAAUCAUUCCCUUGUCCGCUGACAAUUAUAAAAUACACAAAGCGUAUGGGAGGAGUGGACCGGUUUGACCAAAAGAAAACCCCGUACGUAGUCGGAAGAAAAAGCUCGAAGUGGUGGAAACGCAUCUUCUAUUUCCUUAUUGAUGCUGCAAUAAUAAACGCGUAUAUAUUGUAUGCUUCUAACAGACGUAACCACACAGUAUUGUCUCAAAAGGAAUUUAGGCUGACAUUGUCUCGAGAAUUAGUAGCAAACGCAACAUUCCGAAAAAGACCCUUUGCCACCAUGCCAAAGUUCGCGUCCAAAAAAAGUAAGUCUGUACAAUCCGAAGAAAGUGAAUCAAGGCAAAAGAAACUAUUUGGCGUGCCUCAAGAAAUUCGUUUUUCUAAGCUGGGAGCUCAUUGGCCUGUAGAAUUACCCACCUAUAGGUGUCGCUUGUGUAGUAGUGCACACAAUAAUCAAUGAUCCAGGAUACAAUGUGAUAGGUUUCAAGUGCCAUUGUGUGCAGUGCCUUGUUGUUUCAAAAAUUACCAUCAAACAGAUACAUAAAUUGGUAAGGCUAGACUGAUGGUGGUUUAUAUGUUGGCAUCAUGUUUUUUUUUUCUAUAUAAUUAAUAAAUAAUAAUUAAAAUAAAAUGUUUUAAAAAAAUAUAUGAUUCCACGUAGUGAAGUUUUAUUUUUUUUUAUGGGAGAGGGGGCAAACGAGCAUGCGGCUCACCUGAUGGUAAGUGACUACCGCCGCCCAUGAACAACUGCAACACCAGGGGAAUCGCAGAUGCGUUGCCGGCCUUUUAAGAAGGAGUACGCUCUUUUCUUGAAGGUCCCUAAGUCGUAUCGGUCCGGAAAAAUCGCUGAUGGUAAUCGAUUCCACAAGGAGGUCGUGCGAGGAAGAAAACAUCUUCUAAAUCGCACAGUGGUGGACCGCCAAUCAUCCAGAUGGUGUGGAUGGUAUCGGGAGUUCUGCCGCGAUGUGCGUUCGUGACAUUUGGCGGCUGGGAUUAAUCCGAACAAUUCCUCAGAGCACUCCCCAUGGUAGAUGCGAAAGAAAAUGCAAAGGGAUGCUACAUCUCUUCGCAGUGCCAAUGAAUCGAGCCGAUCGGAAAGGGCUCGGUCGUCGACAAUUCGAGCCGCUCUGCGUUGGAUGCGGUCAAGUGGAAGGAGCUGGCACUGGGGAGCCCCUGCCCAGAGAUGGGAACAGUAUUCCAUGUGAGGCCGAACUUGCGCCUUGUAAAGUAGCAGGCGGUGUGCCGGCAUGAAAUACUGUCCCGCUCUGCUGAGCACAUUUCAUUAUCUAGGCUCAUUCCCUCUACCAGUUAAAGGGUUAAAAGUAAAUCUUUAUGGUGUGAAAAUUUUCUUACUAUCACCACCACACUCAGCACUACCACCACCUCCCAUCACCAAAUCACUAGUUGCAGCCUCUCAAUGCUCCGGUAAAGGUUGUAAAUCCAUGAGUUCCACCACUGCAUCUGGUGGAAUCAUUUCACUUUCCCCAUCACCACCAAACUCCACAGCGAACCCCGUGCAUGUUGCACCUAACAUAGAUGUUACACAAUCUAGUGCUUCAUCAGGAGGCAUGUACAUCUUUCCACCACCAGUCUGCAAAUAAAAAUGUUUCAAUAGAAAUAUUAC